GGCGCCUCCCCGCUCCUCGCCGCCCGCCGCAGCCACCGCUCCUCCUCAGCGCCCGCAGCUGCCGCCGGCGGCCGCCCCGCUCCAUGGAGACCCCCAGCCCCUGCAUUGUGAUUGGUGAUGAUGAACAAGGUUAUGACCUGGACUUGUUUUGCAUACCUAAACAUUAUGCAGAUGAUUUGGAAAAAGUCUAUAUUCCUCAUGGGCUCAUCAUGGACAGGACAGAGAGACUGGCACGAGAAAUUAUGAAGGGCAUGGGAGGACACCACAUUGUAGCACUCUGUGUACUCAAGGGUGGCUAUAAAUUUUUUGCUGAUUUAUUAGACUACAUCAAAGCACUGAACAGAAACAGUGACAAAUCAAUCCCCAUGACUGUUGACUUCAUUAGGUUGAAGAGUUAUUGUAAUGAUCAGUCCACUGGAGAUAUAAAAGUCAUUGGCGGGGAUGACCUCUCAACCUUGACUGGGAAGAAUGUUUUGAUUGUAGAAGAUAUAAUUGAUACUGGUAAAACAAUGAAAACAUUGCUGUCUCUACUUAAGCAGUACAACCCAAAGAUGGUGAAAGUAGCCAGUUUGUUGGUAAAAAGAACCCCUCGAAGUGUGGGAUAUCGACCAGACUUUGUUGGAUUUGAAGUGCCAGACAAAUUUGUUGUGGGAUACGCCCUAGAUUACAAUGAAUACUUCAGAGAUUUGAAUCAUAUCUGUGUGAUCAGCGAGACGGGGAAGCAGAAGUACAAAGCAUGAAAGCACAGCUCAAGUGCUAUGACAACAGAGCUUUGAAAUGUUUUGUUUACUGAGUCCUAUCUUUCACAGCCUUCAACUCUGGAACACCAGCUAAAAUUGUAGAAUGCCCCAGCCCCAUCCUCAUAUGCUUACUAUAAUUUAUUGCAUGUACAAUAUAAGAUCUUGUCUUGUUCAUUUAUAUUUUAGAAAUGUAAACAGCUAGUGCAAUUCUGCACUCCUUAUUUUGAUUUGCACUAUGACUCUGCUGACUAUUGCUGCCCCUGGUUGGGUUGUGCUGUUUGUAAGCUCCAGAGUUUAACUCCUGCAGUGGUAAAUUGCUUAAACCUCAUCAACCCAGAACUUAAAUAGUUUAAGUACUGUAAAUGUAAAACAUUUUAUGAUAGGGAAGUCUAUUAGUAAUAUUUUAAAAUCUGUAAUUUAAGUUUUAUAUUUUAAUGCAUAAAUGUGAUUGUGAUUAAUGGAUAGUUGCACCUUUGGGUGUUAUAAAGCAUGAGAAGCAGCCAGUUACAGUAUCUGUAAUCUCCCAGGAGCUCAUGCAGAUCUCCUGGAGUUGCCUUAUUGCUGUAAGGGAAGUCUGGGUGAAAAAUGUCUUUCUGUUAUUUUUUUUUUUUUUUUUUUUAAUGAGAUGGAGUGACAGAACAAUGUUUAAAAUCUAGUUUUAGUUGAGCUGCCUGUUUCAGUUAGAUUAUAGAUUAUAUUUUUUCUUCAAAAAUAUUCAUCAGUCAGUGGAAUUGCCUUUUAAAUUUAAACAAUUUUAAUAUAUUUGUGAAAAAGUAUUGUAAUGUUUACUUUAUAAGAUCUACAAAACAAAGUACUUUAAAUAAAGGCUGUCUCUUUAAAAUAAGCCCCAUACAUCUAUGCCACUUCUUCUAUAUAUUGAGAUGCUCUUGAAAUUUUCUUCUCAGUAAUAUUUUUCAGAAGUGUUUCUGGCAGUGGAGGCAGACUCUGCAUUUGUCUUGCUAGAGCUUUGGGUUAACAUGAUCCUGUCUACAAGAGAGGUGAUAAAGUGCUGAGGGAAGAUACUGAAACACUUGAUUAUUCUACAACCAAAGGAGACUUCAGAGAAAAUGGUUUAAGCACUCCCCUUAGUUCUGUUUUUGGCAAAAAUUAAGAGUGGAGAUUAUGUGGGGGAAAAAAAAGUGGGAAAAAUCCACAAUCAUUGUGUAAAUAACCAUUUGAGUUUGUUUCUUUAAACAUGGCAGUCCAGCUGGGGCCUGUGCUGUGCUUUUCUGUCCCUCAGCUUACACCAUUCUGGGACUUCUGCACAUGGGCUCUUCCACUGCAUGCUCACAAUUAACACUGGUCAGUGCUUGAUACUUAAUGAAGGUUUUGCCAGCCUGUUUUGAAAGGGCUUUUUGUGGGUUUUUUUGAAGUUUAAGUUGUGUGUCUGUGCUGUGUCAAGUACUGCACAUCAUUGUCCAUCUGUGGUGUCUUCAGUUACAGCUCUAGUAGUAGCAGACCUAAAAUAUGAAUAAUUUACACAACGUAGUUUAGAUCAAAUGGCCACAGGGUGUAGGAGAUCUAUUUGUAAAUCAAAAUUUUCAUUAUCAAAUAUUAGAAUCCUGCUCAUGAUUAAACUAUACUUCUGCAAUGUUACAGUUAAUGUUCAAAAGAGCUUUUUUUUUUUCCUAACAGAUUGUAUUUCUUGAUGUCCUAAAUAAUGUUUGUGUAUGUGCCUUAUUGAGAACCUGUGCUGUCCCUGGGAUGACUUGUUGCAGGAAACAUGAUGCACCUCCAAGAAGAAGAAACACAAAAGCAACAUAGAAAAUAUGAACCCACUGGAGAAUUAUUACAUCUGUUCAAGUUUUCAUUAGUUCUGGUUGAACUUAACAUCUAAUCUUAAAAAGUGGUGUUUUCUCCAACCAUCUUAAUGGUUCCUACUAUAGAGUGUUUAAAAAUAAAUUAAUGGCAUCUACAGAUUGCACUGGAUGUGUGGCUUAAAAGUACCUAUUUAUUCAUUAAAAGAGUGAGAAUUGAUGAUGAGUGAGAAUCUGAUGAUAUCUUUUAGUACUAAACCCUUAAAUUAUUUUGUCCU